AUGGAACUACCCAAUACCAGACUCAGAACAUCUGACAAUGAUAAUAUAAUCGAAGACGGAGAUAUAUCAACUCCUUUACCACGUUAUUUAACAUUAACUGAUGGUGCAUAUAAACCAAAUUAUUAUCUUUCAAUACCGAUUAGUGAUCCAACUGUUAUUAAAAAUUAUAUAUCAUAUCGUGAUCAUUUACUUUUAUCUUAUCCAACAUGUUUUUCUUUACGUACAAAUUCAUCCGACGAUCCACCUCGUCUUCAUCUAACAUUAUUAACAUUAUAUAUUGAAUCAAAGUCUGAUAUUGAUCAAUGUAUUUUAGCAUUAAAACAAAUUCGAGAAGAAAUUCAUUAUCAUUGUUCAUAUCCUGAACAUAUAUGUUUAGAAUUUGAUGGUAUUGAAACAUUUUAUGAUAAAGUGUUAUAUGUUAAAUGUAAACAAAAUCAACGUUUAGAAAAUUUACGUACAUUAAUACUUGAACGUUUGUCUGAACAACAACAAAAACAGAAAUUAUCAAAUAUUUUUUUUUGCUGGAAAUUAUUAUGA